CGCGGAGAACCUCGUCACCUACCACUCUCUGUGCCUGCUGCACAAAGUGCGGUGUCACGCCGAGCCGGAGGUGCAGGCGGGUAGUCUGGCCACCGUGGCGGAGGCGCGCGGCCGGGACGCUGCUGUCAGCACGAGGCAGGACACACUUCUGCACGUGCCGCGAUCCCGCACGGAGAUGGGCAAACGCCGGUUCACCUGCCGAGCGCCGGCUGCCCUCAACUCACUGCCAUCGGAUUUGCCCCGACUGCCCCCGGGGGCGUUCGGGCAACGCCUACGCAGGCAUCUGCUCGAGGAGCGGAGCACUGGUGUUCCUGGUCUUCGACUCAUCGAUUCGCAGUUUCCGAGCCAUGUGCUACGAGGCAGUUCAUUCAAUAUCUCCUGUGAUUACGACGCCAACGGACAGCAAAUCUACCAGGUCAAAUGGUACAAGGGCGAACAGGAAUUCUACAGAUACAACCCAGCAGGGAAGGGAAGGACGUUCGACACACCAGGCGUCAACGUCAAUGUGGACCGGGCUACCAGUCGCAGUGUCCUGCUGGAGGGCGCCGACAGGGCCACCGAGGGGGUCUACGGCUGCGAGGUCACCGUCGAACAGUCGUUUGACACCGUCAUCGCAGCCGGUCAGGUCACUGUUGUGGAUUUGCCUCAGGGAGGUCCGGUGAUCAGGGGCCUGUUUCUGGACAGCAUGGACGAGGGUGACCGAGUCUGGGUCAACUGCACCUCGUACAGGUCAAGGCCAGCCGCGCAGCUCACUUGGUAUAUCAACGGUGCUAGGCCGGAUGUCAGCCUCCUGCGGCACUACCCAGCGAUGGUAGACGAGAACGACCUGCAAACGGUCACACUGGGGCUGGACUUCCGGCUGAGGGGCUCCCACUUCGGCUCCACCGGCCUGGUGAUGCUCAAGUGCACCGCCGAGAUCGAGACUGUGUUCUACCAGAGCGCCAACGUCCGCAUCGUCAGCAGGACCAUGGCCAUGCGGUCCCCCUUCGGAUCAGGAAGUACAUACCGUCCUCUGGUACUACAAAUCGUCCUGGCUGCCCUCGCUUCAUGCUUCCUCUGGCUGCAUGACGGCUGAAGGCUGUCAUCUCACCCACGCGAUAAAGCCGAGGGCAACAAAGCACGAUGGAGCGGGUGACGUCUUCGACUCGGACAAGGCUAUCUGAGGCGAUCGAAGAAGUCCGUUUUAGAGCUGUAGAGAGAGGGCGUGGGACAGCCGUCUGCUGCCCGGAUCAGCUUGCCUUCGAUGGAGGCUCGCAAAGUUACAGUAGAAAGUAGAAAACUGGACACGCUCUGUAUGUACUGCAUGCUGUACAUAUAUGGAUCGGAUGUCAGUUGCUGUAAGGUGGGGAUUGAUGCGGGUCUGUCAGUGGGACGAUGUACAAGUGUACGCGUUCCCUCGAUACUUCUCAACUGAAUCAAUAUUGUGAGCUUGUUUGUGUGAACCAUGUUUGUGUACUUUGGCUGUCGGUGUUGCUUCAGGGAGGGUUCGUUGUAUGUCAUGUGAACGGCGCCUAAUGUUAUUGGUGCCCUUGAAACUCGUUCGUAAUGAUCUCAUCACUGUAUAGUGGGGCAUAGUGGGGCAGUCUCGCUUUGCAUUGCAUAGUGGGGCAAAUGCCGGGUCUAUGGAGGCGUUGUGAGAAACGAACUGGACCAGACGAAUCGCUUCAAAUCGAAUCGAAAUGCUGAGUUGGCAAGACGAAGAGUCCUGACGGCAGUGAGAUAUCUCGCCUAGUUUCAAGUCUAUGAACCUUGGUCAUAAGAGCAUAAGAGGCAUUUGGGACUCGUGAUGGAAGUGUGAGCUCAGGAGUGCGUGUGUGUGUGUGUUCAAUGAGUUUUGAUGGUCUGGGCGAUAUACCUAAAGGACGUGGGUGUGUGCAAGUUCGUCCUGAUUUAAAUGUUUUGUGUAUGUAAUAUUAUGGAAUUUCAAUGCAUACAUUUUGUGA